AUGGGCGGCGUGUGGGGCCGCACGGCGCGGCUCGGCUUCCCCGCGGCCCGGGCGGCAGCGGCGGCCCCGGUCAGCGAUCGCCGGUGGCUGGGCUGUCUGUCCGGCACCGGGGCCGGUCCGCUGCUGCUGCUGGCGGCGGCGCUGCCCCGCGGCCCGCUCCCUCCGCCGGCUGCCCUCAGCGCCGCGCCUCACUUCCUGCGCGCCGGGGCGUGGCGCCGAUCCUGGGGCCGUCACUGCCAGACAGGCAGCAACCUGUCCGUGCACCCCCCCGGGGAACAGCCGGCUGCCAUGCCCGCCGCCGGCCCCGCCGCCGGCCCCGCCGAACCCCAGGCGCCGGCGGGCGACGAGUCCCUCCGCCGCGGCCGCCGGAGGAAGGCCAAGGAGGAGACCCAGGAGAAGAAGGUGAAGCGGCGGCAGAAGCUGAAGCGGCGCGGUAAAGCAGAGGGCGAGCAGGCCCAGCCUGAGGAGAGCGAGCUGGGUGACAGCGACCUUGAGCCCCCCCUGCCCAAGAAGACAAAAAAAGUCAAGGAGAAGAGCAACGGCUCCGAGCAUAUCUCCGCUGUAAGCAAUGAUGAGGCGUCCCUGGCCGCUGCAGAGCAGGAGAGUGAUGCCGAGGAGCUGACAGAAGAAGCAAAAGAAGGCGCCUUCUCCAAUUUUCCUCUCUCCGAAAACACCAUCAACCUUCUCGAAGCUCGAGGUGUAAAAUACCUGUUCCCCGUGCAAGUGAGGACUUUUCAACCCAUAUAUGACGGCAAAGACUUAAUUGCUCAAGCUCGAACAGGAACUGGGAAAACCUUUUCUUUUGCUCUUCCGCUGAUUGAAAAACUGCAGAGUGUCUCGCAAGAUGGGAGAAGAGGCCGUUCACCAAAAGUGCUGGUUCUUGUUCCAACCAGGGAACUGGCCACUCAGGUAGCCAAAGACUUCAAGAAUCUCACCAGGAAACUGUCGGUGGCUUGUUUUUAUGGAGGAACUCCAUAUAAAGCCCAGCUUGAUCUCCUUAAAAGUGGCAUUGAUAUUCUAGUGGGAACUCCUGGACGGAUCAAAGAUCACAUUCAGAAUAGCAAACUGGAACUUUCCAGUGUGAAGCAUGUUGUUUUGGAUGAAGUUGAUCACAUGUUAGACAUGGGCUUUGCUGAACAAGUGGAAGAAAUCUUAGGAUUUGCUUAUAAAAAAGGUUCUGAGAACAACCCCCAGACCCUGCUCUUUUCUGCAACUUGUCCACGAUGGGUAUAUGAUGUAGCAAAAAAAUACAUGAAAGAUGAAUAUGAACAGAUUGACCUGAUUGGAAAGAAAACUCAAAGGACUGCCACGACUGUGGAACACUUGGCUAUACAGUGUCGUUCAUCUCAGAGGGCAGGAGUACUUGGGGAUAUCAUUCAAGUCUACAGUGGCAGCCAUGGGCGGACCAUUGUCUUUUGUGAGACCAAAAAGGAAGCAAAUGAAUUGGCUAUGAAUGCUUCGCUCAAACAGGAUGCCCAGUCAUUGCAUGGUGACAUUCCCCAGAAACAGAGAGAAAUUACAUUAAAAGGCUUUAGAAACGGUGUUUUUGAAGUUCUGAUUGCAACAAAUGUAGCUGCCCGUGGUUUGGAUAUUCCUGAGGUUGACCUUGUUAUACAGUGUUCACCACCAAAAGAUGUUGAUUCCUACAUCCAUCGUUCUGGACGUACGGGUCGAGCUGGCCGGACCGGGAUCUGCAUUUGUUUAUUUCAGAGAAGAGAAGAAGAUCUUCUGAAACAAGUUGAGCACAAAGCGGGGAUUACAUUUAAGCGUGUAGGUGUUCCCUCUGCUACAGAUGUAAUUAAAGCUUCAAGUAAUGAUGCCAAAAAGUUGUUGGAGACCAUUCCUCCUUCUGCAGUAGACUACUUCAGACAAUCUGCUCAAGAGCUCAUAGAUGAAAAAGGGGCGGUUGCUGCCCUGGCUGCAGCUUUAGCUCAUAUUUCUGGGGCAUCUUACAUACAGCAGCGCUCCUUACUCAACUCAACGGCGGGCUUUGUGACCAUGGUGUUAAAGUGUUCAAUAGAAAUGCGUUCCAUGAGCUAUGCCUGGCGAGGACUAAAAGAACAGCUUGGUGAGGAGGUAGACUCCAAAGUAUCUGCAAUGCGUUUCCUCAAGGGGAAGACGGGGGUGUGCUUUGAUAUCCCUGUUGACGAACUGAGUAACAUACAGGAGCAGUGGAGGGACACCAGGCGCUGGCAACUGUCGGUGGCAAAGGAAUUGCCAGAGUUGGAAGAGUUCCCCCAGGAGGCAGGACGAGGGUUCUCCAGGUUUGGAAAUGGGAGACACGGUGACAGUGGCUUCAAGAGAAACAACUGGUUUAAGAAUGGAAACCGGGGACACGAUUUUAACAGGUCACUUGAUUAACCUCUGGUACAGAUAUGGACUGAGUUGAUUUUUAUCAAAAAGUAAAAGCUUGUUAGACGU